AUGCACGCCUCUGCUAUCCUUGUUACUCUGCUUGCCGCUACUGGCAUGGCUGCUCCCAGCCCCGCCAUUACUAACGACGGCGCUAGCCAGUUCAUUGCCCGCCAGGACCCUAGGCUCAAGCAGGCCCAAGACAGACUUCAGGGAGCUCGCACUGCCUCAAUGGAGACCGGCGCCGUUACGGCUGCUGUGGGAGAAAUUGCGGUCUAUGGUGUUGCCGCGAUUGGUCUUGCUGCCGUGAGCGGCCUACUUGGAGUCUUCCUCGACGUUGUCGGAUUUGCUGGUUGCGAGGCUGCGGCCAUUGGGGAGCUGAACAAGGCUGAGGCCGAGUGCCAGACCCUCGUGGGCUAA